AUGGCCGACAAGGACCGGUCGAUCGCAGUGAACAUCCGCGACUUGGAUCAAUGGAACCACUUGCGCGAGAACGCUACGGAGAAGCUCAUCGUCAUCGAUAUGUAUCAAGAGUGGUGUGGCCCGUGCAAAGUGCUCGAGCCAACGUACCGUCGCAUUAUCGGUGACACGGCGUCUGCAGAAACUCGGCUUCAAUUCGCAGCAGUAUGUUGCACCACGGCAAAGAUUGAGGGCGUUGCCGAAAACCCAACGUGCAAGCCGCGCUUUGUUCUGUGGCGCGACAAAAAGUCCGUUGGCGAAGUGCUCGGUAUCAACGUGCCCGCACUCGAGGCCCUCAUCAAGCAAAAUCUUCCCGCAGCCAAAACUGAGGAAGACGCAGCGUAG